UCGAUAAAGUCUACUGCGUCGCAUGUGUUGUGGAGGCUCUUUUGCGGGCGUCAUUGACCUGCAUGCAGCUUCGUUGUGUCCGGAAGUCUCCACCCUCCAUGAACAGAUAGAACUGACAGCCCCAAAGGAGCGAGUAGAAGUGCACGGCAUCUAUACCUUCUCAUGUUCUCUUGCCUCCUUGGUCUCUCGGCUGCAGAACGGCGCGAACAACUUCCCUGACCACGAGCCCAUUUACUACUUUGACCCUGUAUCAAAAGGGCGAGUAUUCACCCAGACGCUCGCUAUAUUCUUGACGUGAGAUACGCAUUGCAGACAUGGGCUGUACCGAACGAUUGGUGAGCUCAGAUCCUGCUUCUGCGGGCCGGCUGGUGCAGACACUAUACGAUUGCCAACUGAACGUGUAAAGUGAUUCAAGGGUGGGUGAAGUUAAAGUGCUUCUAGUGCCCACAGAUUACAUUGUGUACUCCCCCUUUCUCUAUCCUUUCCCUUAUUAUCACGACAUCGUCAAUACCCUCGGCAUCGAUGAAAUGGAACCGCCUUCUCCUGCUUGCUCUCGGCCUUCCUACAAUUUCGGGAUUUAUGUACUGUCUUCUUCAGUGUUGACAUACACGUUGUCGUUUAGGUACUAUAGUCAAUCCUUGGCCACGACAUUUUCCCUCGUAAGUCGAGGCGACAGUCUGCCCAUAACCCCCCCAGCCCUUUGCCAUCGCUCAUGCAACGCAUAUGUCGAGUUCAUAGAACGUUUAGUUGCUCAGUUUAUUCCUCUCUGUGCCUGAUAGUCC